CAAUUACAUGGGCAUAGUCUACAAACUAACAAUUGCCUGCACCAAAAAGAACGGCACCAAAGACCAGCGUCAUCUAAUAUGCAAAAUUCCGCCCUCCAAUGCCGCCCGAAGAGAACAAUUCAAAUCCCGAAUUUGUUUCGAACGAGAAACCUACAUGUACCUAAAAGUUCUACCAGAAUUCGCCCUUUUACAAAAAGAACUAGGCUGUAAAACCCGUUUCGACGGCUACGCAAACUGCAUAGCAGCCGGUGAAGAAAACUUAGACGAAUUCGUCCUGAUGGAAGAUUUACGAUACCAGGAUUUCCUAAUGUUCGAUCGACACCAGAAACUGGAUCUUAACCACGUGGCUCUGGUUAUGCAGGAACUGGGUAAAUAUCAUGCUUUGAGCUUUGCCAUGAAGGACCAGAAACCGGAGUUGUUCAAGAAGUUGGCGGAUUUUAAAGAUGUGUUUUUCGACGGUGUUCUGAAUGAGGGUUUUAAUACUUAUAUCAAUACUUUGGUGGAUAAAGCUCAGAAUACAUUAGAUGAAGAUGAUAAGUGCAGGCAGAAAUUGGAGCAGUUUCGGCAAAUGAGUACACUUGGUACAGAGUUGGCGAAGGGUGCAAAUGCUGAACCUUAUGCUGUUAUCAAUCAUGGCGAUUGUUGGAAUAAUAAUGUACUGUUUCGGUAUAUAGAAGGUAAGUAG